AUUAGCAAUAUAUUUGAAUGAAUUAGGUCCCCAACCCCGAUCCAAUGCUUUGCAAUCAUGCACAAUGUAUUAAUGGUAGCAAUAGCAUUGUCCUCUUUUGUCUCAGGACACGUCAUGUUAUUGAGAUGCUUCUUUCCUCUUUCAUCAUCUAUUCACUAUUCAAUUGUCCCCUUCUUCCAUUUCGACCAAAAACCGAUUCCUUCCAAUUCCAUCAUCGUUAAUCAUCUCUGCAUAACUAACACACACUCUUCUUCUUCUUCUUCUUCUUCUUCCUCCUCCUCCUCCUCUUUCUCUGGAAUCAAUCAAAAGUAAGAGAGUGUUUUUAUUUUGAAUUAAUUAAAUUAAUGACGACAAGCACACAAGCCUAUGGUGAACCCUGGUAUUGGGACAACCGCUACUCCAACGAACCUGGACCCUUCGAUUGGUACCAAAAAUACCUAACUUUGGCCCCAAUCAUCAACCUCUAUGUCCCUCGCCACCACUCCACCCUCGUUGUUGGUUGCGGCAACUCAGCUUUCAGUGAAGGCAUGGUUGAUGAUGGUUACAGUGAUGUUGUUAACGUUGAUAUAUCUUCUGUGGUGAUUGAAGCUAUGCAGAACAAAUACAAGGAUCGUCCACACUUGAAAUAUAUGAAAAUGGAUGUGAGAGACAUGAGUGCUUUUGAAUCAGAGUCUUUUGGUGCAGUUAUUGACAAAGUGUGGGAAUAAUUCAAGACAAAAUGCUACGAAGAUGCUUGGGGAAGUGUGGAGGGUCCUCAAGGAAAAAGGAGUUUAUGUUCUGGUAACAUAUGGCGCUCCACUAUAUCGCCUACGAUUGUUAAGGGAAUCAUGCUCAUGGACUAUAAAACUCCAUGUAAUAGCCUCGUGCAUCGAGAUUUGGAGAAUGACGAUUAACUAAACCUGUGUCAAUGACGGCUGUCACUAUAUAUGCAGAGA